AUGAUGCAUGGUCAGAGUAGUUCUCUUGGUUGGCAAUCAUCGAUAAAUUUAUCUCCUCUUGGCUUUCAGUUCUUACCUAUCAAUUAUCAAGCACUUUUUUUGUCUCAAAUCAAUACUAUAUCAUUUAUUUCUUGUGCUCAAGCAUGUCAUUCAAAUGGCAAUUGUCGUAUAUUUGAUUUUGAUGAUCAAUCACUUUUAUGUCGUCUUUCUGAAGGUAAUAUAAUAACUAUGGGUUCAAUAGUUGCUUCGUCAUCAGCUCAAUCUCGUGUUGGUUCAAAAAUAUAUUAUGCAGAACAGUUUAAUAAUCUUGAUCAAUCAUGUUCAUUAUGUGAAGGAAGUCGAUAUAUGAGAUGUAUUAAUAAUACAUGUCAAUGUGAAGUACAUACAUAUUUUGAUGGAUCAAUAUGUCAAAGUCAAAAACUACUUGGAGAUGUAUGUGUUAAUAGUACAGAAUGCCGAAGUGAUCUAAAUUAUACAUGUUUACCACGUCAACAAUGUGGUCCACCAUCGAUCCAAGUUGGAACGAUUGUUGCCGGUAAUGCUAAUGGUACGUCAGGAAAUGCUUUAACUACACUUAACUUUCCAGCAGCAAUUACAAUUGGAAUUGAUAAUUCAGUUUAUGUAUCUGAAUAUCACAACAAUAGAGUCUUACAAUUCCAAGAAGGAUCUUUAACGGGUUCACUCGUAGCUGGAACGGGAGUCGCAGGUUCUAGCACCAAUCAAUUAAAUGGACCUACAGGUGUAUAUGUUGAUACAUCGUUAAAUAUCUAUGUGACAGAUAGUGUUAACUAUCGAAUAAUGUUUUGGCAAAAGAAUUCGUCAUUUGGUGUUCGAGUGGCAGGAACUGGUUCGUCUGGAAAUACACUAAGUACUUUUGGUCUUGCAGCAGGAUUAUUUGUAGAUUCACAAAAAAAUAUUUAUCUUUGUGACAAAUAUAACAAUCGCGUAAUGAGAUUCUCACCUAAUAUCACGAAUGCCAUAAUUGUCGGUGGCACCGGUAUUGCUGGUAGUGGCAUCCAACAGCUCAAUGCACCAAUUAGUCUUUACUUUGAUGAAUUAAAUUCCUAUCUUUAUGUUUCUGAUUCUAACAAUCAUAGGAUUCAACGAUACCAUGUUGGUGUUUCAAUAAACGGAACUACUGUUGCCGGAGGAAAUGGUCAAGGGUCUGGAAGCAAUCAGUUGAAUACACCAUAUUCAUUAUGGAUUUCAACAAUAAAUAAUUAUAUUUAUAUUACGGAUACUGGAAACAACCGUGUGCAACGAUGGAGUUUUGGAGCAACAUAUGGACUGACCAUUAUUGGUAAUGGUGCAAUAAUUAGAAAUGAUUCAACAUCGUUACAAGGAAAUGCGGAUAUUAGGCUAAGCAUGAAUGGUAGUGAUCUAUUUGUAAGUGAAGUGAUGCAAAAUAGAAUUUGGCGUUUCCAACUCAUUUAA